AUGGGCGCCUGGGCGCUGGCCGCGCUGCUGGGCGCGCUGCUGGGCGCGGGCCGCGCCGCCGGCACCGAGCUCACCUUCGAGCUGCCCGACAGCGCCCGGCAGUGCUUCCACCAGGAGCUGCAGCGCGGCAUCAAGUUCACGCUGGACUACCAGGUGAUCACAGGGGGACACUACGAUGUGGACUGCUACGUGGAGGACYCCACUGGCAAGACCAUCUACAAGGAGACCAAGAAGCAGUACGACAGCUUCCCGCACCGCACCGAGGUCGAGGGCGUMUACACCUUCUGCUUCAGCAACGAGUUCUCCACCUUCUCGCACAAGACCGUCUACUUCGACUUGCAGGUGGGCGACGAGCCGCCCAUCCUGCCCGCCAUGAGCAGCCGGGUCACCGCCUUGACGCAGAUGGAGUCCGCCUGCGUCACCAUCCACGAGGCCCUCAACACGGUGAUAGACUCGCAGACCCACUACCGCCUGCGGGAAGCGCAGGACCGCAGCCGCGCCGAGGACCUCAACGGCCGCGUGUCCUACUGGUCCGUCGGGGAGACCGUCAUCCUCUUCGUGGUCAGCGUUGGCCAAGUGAUGCUGCUCAAGAGCUUCUUCACCGAGAAGCGGCCGGGCAGCGGCGGGGCCGGCACCUAGGGGCUGAAGCGGGGCCCGUGCCCGGAGCUGCGUGGCGGCAGGGCGCAGGAGGGCACACACGGACAGACAGCGUCUCCGGUUUGCACGUCAGCCCUGUCCUGUGCGCAGCCGCAGGGAGCGGGG